UAGCAAGUCUAUUCAUCAGUCUUGGGGCAUCAGACAUCAUAAGGAUGGCUCUUAGAUGGAUGAAACCAUGGCUUGCUCUCUGUUUUGGAUUAUAUGCUGCACAGAAAGGAGUUCUCUCCUCUGACGGUGGACAUGUAUGCAGCACAUGGGGGUACUACCACUUCAAGACCUUUGAUGGAGAUUUCUUCCAGCUUCCCUCUUCUUGUAACUACGUCCUGACUUCCCUGUGCAAGAGUGAUUAUGAGGAGUUCUACAUCCAGCUACAGCGUGGGGAAGUGAAUGAUCAUCCCAUCAUUAACAAGGUCACCAUAAAGCUGGAAGGGACCUUGGUGGAGCUGUCCAACAACUCAGUCAGUGUAGAUGAGAAAAGAGUCACCAUUCCAUUUAGUCAGUCUGGAUUGUUGAUUGUCAAGGCACAAUCUUACAUCAAGAUCACGGCAAAGUUAGGUUUUGUCGUCAUGUGGAAUGAAGAUGAUGCCCUCUGGGUUGAAAUGAACACCAAAUUCAGGAAUCAGACUUGUGGACUGUGUGGUGACUUCAAUGGGGUUCAAACCAAUGAAAUGGUCCCAGACAAUGAUAACCGCCCAAACCUUGAACUUUAUGGUGGAAAGUGGAAAGCAGACAGCUUCGAGGAAACCUGCAAGGAAGGCUCUCCUCCGUCUCAACUGAAAUGUGAAAAUCAGACAGGACAAUGCGAGCACCUGCUGUCGGAUCCUGGCUUCAACAGCUGCAGAGACGUGAUAGACACAAAGUCCUUUAUCAAGGCCUGUGAGAUAGACUUGUGCUACUGUACCAGUAAAAAUGUCUCUUGUCAGUGUCUAACCCUGUCUGAGUACUCCCGCCAGUGUGCCCAUACAGGGGGGAAACCCCCAAACUGGAAGACCGCACAUCUCUGCCCAAAAACAUGUCCUCUGAACUUGGAGUACCAGGAAUGUGGCAAUGCCUGCACUGACUCCUGCAGCAACCAACACAGACACAACUUGUGUGAAGACCAUUGCAUUGAUGGCUGCUUUUGUCCUGCUGGAACGGUCUAUGAUGACAUUAGUCAGCAUGGUUGUGUUCCUGUAAACCGGUGCUCCUGCCUCCACAAUGGAAAGUCUUACAGUCCUGGAGAAUCAUACUCAAUAACCUGCCAAAAAUUUACCUGCGGUAAUGGCAAGUGGAGUGGUGAAUAUCUGGCCUGUACAGGCACCUGCUCUAUAAAGGGAGGUUCUCACAUCACCACCUAUGAUGGCCAAGACUACACUUUCCAUGGAGACUGCUCCUAUGUUCUGUCAAAGCAAACCAAGGGCCAGGAUUUCAUCGUCGUUGGUGACAUAGUAAAAUGUGGAAAGUCUAACAUUGAAACUUGCCUGAAGUCAGUGACUUUGGUUACACAAGGGGAUAUGAUGGUUUUGAUUGAAGCAAGUGGAAAAGUCUUUGUCAAUAAGCUUUUUUCUCCAUUGCCUCUUUUGAUAGCUAAUUUAACAAUCUUCAAGCCCUCUACAUUCUACAUUGUCGUACAGACAAACUAUGGUCUUCGUCUUAAGGUUCAAUUAGUACCAUUGAUGCAGGUCUAUAUCUCCGCUGAUGUUUCCCACAAAGGGAAAAUGAAGGGCCUUUGUGGAGAUUUUAAUGACGUUGAGAGCGAUGAUUUCAAAAUAAUAAAUGGAAUGAUUGAGGGGACCGCUGUGACUUUUGCAAACACUUGGAAGACCGAAACAAGCUGCCCUGAUGUGACCAAUAUGUUUCAAAAUCCUUGCACCAUGAGUUCUGAAAAAGAAAAGUAUGCCAAACACUGGUGUUCCAUGCUGUCACAAAAAAACGGAAUAUUCUCUGAAUGUCAUUCUAAAGUGAAUCCAAAUCGUUAUGAGGACUACUGCAUGUACGACAGCUGUACCUGUGAAAACAGUGAGGACUGCAUGUGUGCAGCGGUCUCCUCCUAUGUCCAUGCGUGUGCUGCGGCUGGUGUCAUCCUACAAGGAUGGAGAAACACCACCUGUGGUGGUUAUGUGUCACACUGCCCCGGAACUAUGAUAUAUGACUACAGCAUGACAAGCUGUGGUCGCACCUGUCGAUCUCUCAGCCAAACCGAUGCAGCAUGUGAGGUAAACUUUGUGCCUGUGGAUGGGUGUGGCUGUGCCGAAGGAACUUAUUUGAACGAAGAGGGAACAUGUGUGACUGCCUCAGAAUGCCCCUGCUACUAUAGAGAAACAACACUGUCCCCUGGGCAGAGACUAAAUACGUAUGAGGCCACUUGCUUUUGCCACAAUGGGAAAUUAAGCUGUACAGGAACAACAAAACAAAUAUCAUGCAGCAAGCCAAUGGUGUUCUUCAACUGCUCAAGUUCUAGAAUCAAUGAAAAGGGAUCAGAAUGUCAGGAAAGCUGCCAAACACAAACAGAAUGCAUCAGUAAAGAAUGCAUCUCAGGCUGUUUGUGUCCUGAGGGCCUUUUAUCUGACGGUAACGGUGGCUGCACUGAGGAGGAACAUUGUCCCUGUUCACACAACGGGGUCAUUUAUCAGCCUGGAAACGUAAUCCAAGAAGACUGCAAUGUCUGUGUUUGCAUGGGAAGAAACUGGCAAUGUUCGCAAAAUGAGUGUAGCGCGACCUGUGCCAUUUAUGGGGAUGGACAUUACAUCACUUUCGAUGGCAGGAGUUUCUCUUACGAUGGCAAUUGUGAAUAUACACUUCUACAGGACAUGUGCAGCAACAAUGCAAACAGAACCUUUAGCGUGACUACACAGAACAUACCUUGCGGAACUACUGGUACAACCUGUUCCGCUGCUAUCAAGCUCUUCUUAGGGAACAAUGAGUUAUUUUUCUCAGAGGAAAAUAUUCAAGUCCUGAAACAUAAUGGUGGAGAUGUUUCCUAUAAGGUCCACACUAUUGGUUUAUUCUUGGUUGUUGAAAUUAGUAACGGCCUGAUCCUCAUAUGGGACAAGAAGACAACGCUGUUCAUUAAAAUUGCCCCCACAUUCAAGGGAAAAGUCUGUGGUCUGUGUGGAAACUAUGAUGGAAAUGCUAAAAAUGACUUCACAACCAGAAAUCAAGCGGUGGUGGUGGACCCUGUUGAGUUUGGAAACAGCUGGAAAGUGUCUCAAAGUUGCCCUAAUGCAGUUACUGUAAAAGACCCUUGUACUUCACAACCACAUCGAAAGGCUUGGGCUUUAAAACACUGCAGCAUCAUUAAUAGUGAUGUAUUUAAACCCUGCCACUCACAGGUGAAUCCUACAGAGUACUAUAAAGCCUGUGAGAGGGACUCCUGUGCAUGUGACACAGGCGGAGACUGUGAAUGUUUCUGUGCAGCUGUUGCCGCUUACGCAGCAGCGUGUAACGAGGCUCGGACCUGCAUUAGAUGGAGAACGCCCAAAAUCUGCCCUCUGUUCUGUGAUUUUUACAACCCUUCUGAUGAGUGUGAAUGGCACUAUGAGCCGUGUGGAUCACCUUGUAUGAAGACCUGCAGGAAUCCUUCAGGAAAAUGCUCUGAACAGAUUCCAAAACUGGAAGGUUGCUACCCCAAAUGUCCCUUGGCUGAGCCUUAUCUUGAUGAAACUACAAUGAAGUGUGUGACAGAGAAAGAUUGUGGUUGCUAUGAUGAAGACGGCAACCAUUACAAUGAGGGACAGCCUAUGCCCGUAGAAAGAAACUGUCAGACAUGUAAAUGCUCAUCAACUGAGGCCACGUGCACCUACAACAGUACAGCUUGUCAUUGUCUAUAUAAAGGAACAUCAUACAAUGACGGAGAUACGAUCUAUCACACAUCUGAUGGAAGUGAAACUUGUAUCACUGCUGUUUGUAAAAACAAUGGCACUAUUGUACGGUCAAUGGAAGAUUGUUCCACCUCAGCUUCUACAACAACACCAACUACAACAGUGUUUACAUUUUCCACCACUGGAACUCAGCCGACGGUACAUACAUCAACAGUAACAACUCCAACAGUUACAACUCCAACAGUUACAACUCCAACAGUUACAACUCCAACAGUUACAACUACGACAGUUACAACUCCAACAGUUACAACUCCAACAGUUACAACUCCAACAGUUACAACUACGACAGUUACAACUCCGACAGUUACAACUCCAACAGUUACAACUCCAACAGUUACAACUCCAACAGUUACAACUCCAACAGUUACAACUCUGACAGUUACAACUACGACAGUUACAACUCCGACAGUUACAACUACUCAGAAAACACUUGAGACAACAACCACCUUAACAACUACAAAUGUGCCAACAACAACUACACUUCCAUCAACUACAUCCAUUCUACCCUCGACCAUUACCAGCACAUCAACUGCAACAACACCCAGCAACACAACCCUAAUUACAACUGCAGUGUCAACAUAUAGUAGUACCACUCCCACACCAUGCAGUUUGUGUAAAUGGUCUGAUUGGAUUGACAAAAGUUAUCCUUCGGAAGAUGCAAGUGGAGAUUAUGAAAAUAUUACGCAGAUAAAGGAUUCUGGACUAAUAUGCAUGCAACCAGUGGCUAUAGAAUGUAGAGCAAAAGAACAAAAAGAUGUUUCCCUGGUAGACUUAGGUCAGAAGGUUGAGUGCAGUCUUCUGGUUGGACUAAAUUGCAAGAAUGAGGAUCAACUGCCUCCGAUUUGUUUCAAUUAUGAGAUUAGAGUCAAAUGUUGUGACCACAAUGAAAAAUAUUGUGAAACAACCACAUCAACAGUAACAACUCCAACAGUUACAACUACUCAGACUACACUCGGGACAUCAACAACCUUAACAUCUACAACUGUGCCAACAACAACUCCAGUUCCAUCAACUACAUUCAUUCUGCCCACGACCAUUACCAGCACAUCAACUGUAACAACACCCAGAGAGACAACCCUAAUUACAACUGCAGUUACAACUCCGACAGUUACAACUACUCAGCCUACAUUCACAACAUCAACAACCUUAACAUCUAAAACUGUGCCAACAACUACUCCAGUUCCAUCAACUACAUCCAUUCUGCCCACGACCAUUACCAGCACAUCAACUGCAACAACACACAGCAAAACAACCCUAAUUACAACUGCAGUUACAACUCCAACAGUUCCAACUACUCAGACUACACUCGGGACAUCAACAAUCUUAACAUCUACAACUGUGCCAACAACAACUCCAGUUCCAUCAACUACGUUCAUUCUGCCCACGACAAGUACCAGUAUAUCAACUGCAACAACACCCAGCAACACAACCCUAAUUACAACAGCAGUGUCAACAUAUAGUAGUACCACUCGCAAACCAUGCAGUUUGUGUAAAUGGUCUGGUUGGAUUGACAACAGUUAUCCUUCAGAAGGUGCAAGUGGAGAUUAUGAAAAUAUUACGCAGAUAAAGGAUUCUGGAGUAAUAUGCAUGCAACCAGUGGCGAUAGAAUGUAGAGCAAAAGAACAAAAAGAUGUUUCCCUGGUAGACUUAGGUCAGAAGGUUGAGUGCAGUCUUCUGGUUGGACUAAAUUGCAAGAAUGAGGAUCAAUUUCCUCCGAUUUGUUACAAUUAUGAGAUAAGAGUCAAAUGUUGUGACCAUGAUGACCAAUAUUGUGAAACAACCACAACAGCAGUUACAACUCCGACAGUUACAACUACUCAGACAACACUCGGGACAUCAACAACCUUAACAUCUACAACUGUGCCAACAACAACUCCAGUUCCAUCAACUACAUUCAUUCUGCCCACAACCAUUACCAGCACAUCAACUGCAACAACACCCAGCAAUACAACCUUAAUUACAACUGCAGUUACAACUCCGACAGUUACAAUUACUCAGACAACACUCGGGACAUCAACAACCUUAACAUCUACAACUGUGCCAACAACAACUCCAGUUCCAUCAACUACAUCCAUUCUUCCCACGACCAGCACCAGCACAUCAACUGUAACAACCCCCAGCGAGACAACCCUAAUUACAACUGCACUUACAACUCCGACAGUUACAACUACUCAGACUACACUCGGGACAUCAACAACCUUAACAUCUACAACUGUGCCAACAACAACUCCAGUUCCAUCAACUACAUCCAUUCUUCCCACGACCAGCACCAGCACAUCAACUGUAACAACACCCAGCGAGACAACCCUAAUUACAACUGCACUUACAACUCCGACAGUUACAACUACUCAGACUACACUCGGGACAUCAACAACCUUAACAUCUACAACUGUGCCAACAACAACUCCAGUUCCAUCAACUACAUCCAUUCUUCCCACGACCAGCACCAGCACAUCAACUGUAACAACACCCAGCGAGACAACCCUAAUUACAACUGCAUUUACAACUCCGACAGUUACAACUACUCAGACUACAUUCACAACAUCAACAACCUUAACAUCUACAACUGUUCCAACAUAUACUAGUACCAGUCACACUAACUGCGGUUCGUGUAAAUGGUCUGAUUGGAUUGACAAUAAUUAUCCUUCGGAUGGACCAAGUGGAGGAGAAUAUGAAAUUAUUAAGCCGAUAUGCAGCCUACCACUGGAUAUAGCAAUGGAAAUAGAAUGUAGAGCAAAAGAAUAUAAAAAUACAUCCCUGGCAGACUUAGGUCAGAAGGUUGAGUGCAGUCUUCUGGUUGGACUCAAUUGCAAGAAUGAGGAUCAACGGCCUCCGAUUUGUUUCAAUUAUGAGAUAAGAGUAAAAUGUUGUAACCCCUGUGAAACAACCACACCAACAAUACCAACUACUCAGACAACACUCGGGACAUCAACAAUCUUAACAUCUACAACUGUGCCAACAACAACUACAGUUCCAUCAACUACAUCCAUUCUGCCCACGACCAGCACCAGCAUAUCAACUGUAACAACACCCAGCGAGACAACCCUAAUUACAACUGCACUUACAACUCCGACAGUUACAACUACUCAGACUACACUCGGGACAUCAACAAUCUUAACAUCUACAACUGUGCCAACAACAACUCCAGUUCCAUCAACUACAUUCAUUCUGCCCACAACAAGUACCAUAUCAACUGCAACAACACCCAGCAGCACAACCCUAAUUACAACUGCAGUGUCAACAUAUAGUAGUACCACUCCCACACCAUGCAGUUUGUGUAAAUGGUCUGAUUGGAUUGACAAAAGUUAUCCUUCGGAAGGUGCAAGUGGAGAUUAUGAAAAUAUUACGCAGAUAAAGGAUUCUGGAGUAAUAUGCAUGCAACCGGUGGCUAUAGAAUGUAGAGCAAAAGAACAAAAAGAUGUUUCCCUGGUAGACUUAGGUCAGAAGGUUGAGUGCAGUCUUCUGGUUGGACUAAAUUGCAAGAAUGAGGAUCAAUUUCCUCCGAUUUGUUACAAUUAUGAGAUAAGAGUCAAAUGUUGUGACCAUGAUGACCAAUAUUGUGAAACAACCACAACUGCAGUUACAACUCCGACAGUGACAACUACUCAGACAACACUCGGGACAUCAACAACUUUAACAUCUACAACUGUGCCAACAACAACUCCAGUUCCAUCAACUACAUUCAUUCUGCCCACAACCAUUACCAGCACAUCAACUGCAACAACACCCAGCAAUACAACCUUAAUUACAACUGCAGUUACAACUCCGACAGUUACAACUACUCAGACAACACUCGGGACAUCAACAACCUUAACAUCUACAACUGUGCCAACAACAACUCCAGUUCCAUCAACUACAUCCAUUCUUCCCACGACCAGCACCAGCACAUCAACUGUAAAAACACCCAGCGAGACAACCCUAAUUACAACUGCACUUACAACUCCGACAGUUACAACUACUCAGACUACACUCGGGACAUCAACAACCUUAACAUCUACAACUGUGCCAACAACAACUCCAGUUCCAUCAACUACAUCCAUUCUUCCCACGACCAGCACCAGCACAUCAACUGUAACAACACCCAGCGAGACAACCCUAAUUACAACUGCACUUACAACUCCGACAGUUACAACUACUCAGACUACACUCGGGACAUCAACAACCUUAACAUCUACAACUGUGCCAACAACAACUCCAGUUCCAUCAACUACAUCCAUUCUUCCCACGACCAGCACCAGCACAUCAACUGUAACAACACCCAGCGAGACAACCCUAAUUACAACUGCAUUUACAACUCCGACAGUUACAACUACUCAGACUACAUUCACAACAUCAACAACCUUAACAUCUACAACUGUUCCAACAUAUACUAGUACCAGUCACACUAACUGCGGUUCGUGUAAAUGGUCUGAUUGGAUUGACAAUAAUUAUCCUUCGGAUGGACCAAGUGGAGGAGAAUAUGAAAUUAUUAAGCCGAUAUGCAGCCUACCACUGGAUAUAGCAAUGGAAAUAGAAUGUAGAGCAAAAGAAUAUAAAAAUACAUCCCUGGCAGACUUAGGUCAGAAGGUUGAGUGCAGUCUUCUGGUUGGACUCAAUUGCAAGAAUGAGGAUCAACGGCCUCCGAUUUGUUUCAAUUAUGAGAUAAGAGUAAAAUGUUGUAACCCCUGUGAAACAACCACACCAACAAUACCAACUACUCAGACAACACUCGGGACAUCAACAAUCUUAACAUCUACAACUGUGCCAACAACAACUACAGUUCCAUCAACUACAUCCAUUCUGCCCACGACCAGCACCAGCACAUCAACCGCAACAACACACAGCGAGACAACCCUAUUUACAACUGCACUUACAACUCAGACAGUUACAACUACUCAGACUACACUCGGGACAUCAACAACCUUAACAUCUACAACUGUGCCAACAACAACUACAGUUCCAUCAACUACAUUCAUUCUGCCCACGACCAUUACCAGCACAUCAACUGUAACAACACCCAGAGAGACAACCCUAAUUACAACUGCACUCACAACUCCGACAGUUACAACUACUCAGACAACACUCGGGACAUCAACAACCUUAACAUCUACAACUGUGCCAACAACAACUACAGUUCCAUCAACUACAUCCAUUCUGCCCACGACCAGCACCAGCACAUCAACUGCAACAACACACAGUGAGACAACCCUAAUUACAACUGCACUUACAACUCCGACAGUUACAACUACUCAGACAACACCCGGGACAUCAACAACCUUAACAUCUACAACUGUGCCAACAACAACUACAGUUCCAUCAACUACAUUCAUUCUGCCCACGACCAGCACCAGCACAUCAACUGUAACAACACCCAGCGAGACAACCCUAAUUACAUCUGCAGUCACAACUCCGACAGUUACAACAAUUCGGCCCAGCAUUAAAGCAACUACAGGCUUCAUCAUAUAUACUGCACCGCCUCCCACAGGUCCACCAACAGGAUCUUCAUGUACAUGCAAAUAUCUCAACCAAAGUUUUCCUUCUGGUUCCUACAUGUAUAAUCAGACCGAUGGGGCAGGCUGGUGUUUCACAUCAUUCUGCAAUCAAAGUUGCAUUGUAGAAAAACAAGCAAGACCUUGUCAUACUACUACACCACCAACGUUUACCACCAAGCCUGUGAUAACACAUUGUCAAAAUGUCAAUCCACCAAGAGAGGAUGGUGAGUCUUGGCAGACUGAUAAAUGCACCAUUCAAACUUGCCACAGUGGCAACAUCACCACAGUACCAGUGAAAUGUGCACCAGUGACAAAACUUGUGUGUGAAAAUAAGUUUCCAGCUAUUAAAGUCUAUGAUGACACUGGUUGCUGUUUUCAUUAUGAAUGUCAAUGUAUGUGCUAUGGAUGGGGAGAUCCACAUUACGUGACUUUUGAUGGAACAUAUUAUAGUUUUCAGGAAAACUGCACCUAUGUUUUGGUUAAAGAGAUAACUCCUAGAUAUCACAACUUCACUGUAAUAAUUGAAAAUGUGAGUUGUGGUCCUUCUGGAACCAUAUCUUGCCCACAGUCUUUGACUGUAUAUUACAAGUCCUAUACAAUUAUUCUGACACAGAAGAGGUCUACCAUUACAACAAAUAUGCUGUACAUAAAUGGCAAGCAGAUCUACCCAACCUUUUCUAAUGAUGACCUCAUCAUUACCAGUACUGGAAUUGAGUUGCUUUUGAGAAUCCCGGAAAUUAAGGCAGAGGUGACUUUCAAAGGACUUAUUUUCAGCGUCAACUUGCCAUAUUCCCUUUUCCAUCACAACACAGAAGGCCAGUGUGGUCCUUGUGACAAUAACAGAACAAACGACUGUAGCUUAGGAAACGGGGAGGUGUCUUCAUCAUGUCCUCGGAUGGCACACACGUGGAAAAUUCCAGAGAAGCUUUGCAACUCAACUGUUACUCCAAGUGCAACUCCUCCAACAUGCAGUGGAUACACUGAACUCUGUGAAAUCAUACUGAGCAAGAUAUUUGAUGAAUGUCAUGAAGUAAUCCCAAGAGAGGCAUUUUAUGAGGCCUGCAAAUUUGAUGUCUGCCAAAAAUCCAAUGUUGGCUGCUCCAGUUUGGAGGCGUAUGCCUUGAUGUGUGCCAGGGCUGCAGUCUGUGUUGACUGGCGUAAUUCAACAAAAGGAGAAUGUGAAUACAAAUGCCCUGAAACCAAAGUCUAUAAAUCAUGUGGCCCAGUUGUACAACCAACUUGCAAUGCAAAAUAUAAUGACAAGUAUGUGAAGCCAAGUUCGGCUGAGAAAUGUGAAAUAAAUGGAUCAUGUGACACAUUUAUGGAGGGAUGCUUCUGCACAGCUGGGCACAUUUUGUUCAAUUCUUACUCUGACAUCUGUGUCAGCUCUUGUGACUGCACUGGGCCUGAAGGCCAACCGAAACAGCGUGGAGAAACUUGGCAGAGUAACUGCCAAGACUGUAUUUGUGACACAGACACAAAGAGUGUUCAGUGUAAGCCUGUGGAAUGUCAGUCCCCAAAAAACAUAAGCUGUGACAAAGAGGGUGAGGUGUUGGUAAAUCAUACCAUAAACUGCUGUCUCCAAACCGAAUGUGAGUGUGAUGUGAAAUACUGCUUAACAAAAAUACCACAGUGCGCUGCAGGGUUUAAGCUAAACAUUACAGUGGAACACUGCUGCCCAUCCUAUACUUGUGAGCCAAAAGAUGUCUGUGUCUUUAAUAAUACCGAGUAUCAGCCAGAUGUUGAAGUUCCUAAAGAAAGAUGUGAAACGUGCCACUGUGGCCCUAAACUGGAUCCUCACACAAUGUUACAUGUCAUUGAGUGUGCACCGAAGAUCUGUAACACCCAAUGCCACCAGGGUUAUGAGUAUGAUGUUCAGCCCGGUCAAUGUUGUGGAGUGUGCAAACAGAGGAGUUGCGUGGUAGCCCUUACAGAUAACACAACUCACAUCAUUGAGCAUGGAAAUGUUUGGUCACCUCCUGAUAAAAAGUGUGUUGAGUAUAAAUGCACAAAUGACAGCAACCAGUUCAUGAUCGUGAAAUCAAAAACAGAAUGCCCACCCUUCUAUCCUGAACUCUGUGUCCCAGGAACAGAAACUACUUAUCAAGAUGGCUGUUGCCAAACAUGUAACAUACAUGAAUGCAAAGUCAAAAGAAACACCACGUACCUGGAAUUUGGAAACUGCCGAUCAACAGACCCUGUGGAAGUCACAGAAUGUGCAGGAUCCUGCGGAACAUUCUCCAAGUACUCAGCAGAGAAAAACAGAUUGAUGCAUUCAUGCUCCUGCUGCCAAGAAAUGUCCAGUAGCAAGAAGGAGGUGGAGAUGAUCUGCACAGAUGGAAAUAAAUUAAUAGGCUCUUACAUUUAUAUCAACACUUGUGGAUGCCAUGUCACAGAAUGUGACAAAAACAUUUAAGAUUGCAUUGUCCAUCUAAUUGUUAAACGACAAUAUUUACCUUUUUUAGUUAAUAGUUAAUCUACUGGGCACUAAGGGGUUUCAUCUUUACCAUAUAUGACUAUAGCCUACUUUCCCUAUGAUUAUAAACAAUGUACUGUUUCAACCUGUGGUGGCUGUUCUUUCGUAGUGUAUUAAAAGCAGAAACUGAGCAUA